GAACCCGGAAGUACUUAUGUGAACACAAGUUACGGGACGUAUCUAACGGUUUUAAGGAAUUUUUUUGCAAACGCCAAAUAACUGAUCAUUGUCGCACAUGUUUCCGUACAUCUGUUAUCGAUGUCCUGUUGUUGGUUCAUAUUUGUGGUUGUAUAAAAGUGUCAGAUGCUAGCGUCGUGAUUUAGACUUGCUGAUUCUCAUGAUGGCAGAGCGCGUUAACAUCCAUCUGCAAAAAUCCACCAAGGACAAACUUGAAAAAUUCAAACAGAUAAGAGGUAAAGAAGUUCAGUCUGAUGAAUUCUGGGAUCUCGUGGUCAUCACUGCAGUGGAUGAAGACCAGAGGUCUGCUUAUGAAAUUUCAGAUCACUGACAAAACUGGAGAGGAAAGAAACUGCCUCUCGGAAUCAGAUAUCAUGUGUUUGCAGAUCCUCCAGGAUGCAAGAUUGGUAAUGGUGGAUCAACUUUACAUUCACUGCAGUGUCUACAUGAUAAAUAUGGCAAGUCACUGUCAGGAUUUAAAGUCAUCCUUAUCCAUGCAGGAGGAUUCAGUCAACGUUUGCCCAGUGCCAGUGCCCUGGGUAAAAUACUCACAGCUGUGCCCCUGGGAAACCCUUUAUAUCAAAUGCUGGAGCUCAAACUUGCAAUGUAUGUGGAUUUCCCCGCACACAUGAAGCCGGGGAUGCUGGUUACCUGUGCUGAUGAUAUAGAGCUCUACAGUGUUUCUGACCAAGAGAAUGUGGUGUUUGAUAAGUCCGGUUUUACUGCCUUAGCACAUCCCUCCCCUCUCUCUAUUGGUACCACUCAUGGAGUUUUUGUUCUCGAACCUGCAGAGACGCCCAGAAUUUGUGAUAUGGAAUACAGAACUUGCUCUAAAUUUCUGCACAAACCAAGCGUCGAAAAGAUGUUCAAAUGCAACGCCGUAUGCAAGAGGGAAGGAGAGGAGUUCGUUUACACUGACAGCACUUACUAUUUUGAUUACGGGACUGCCAUGACCCUGCUGACCUUGUUCCGUGAAAUCAGCCCUCUGACAUGCGAAAUCGAUGCUUAUGGAGACUUUCUUCAAGCCCUGGGGCGAAGAGCUACUGUGGAUUACACGGAAAACACUGCCAACGUCACAAAGAAGGAAAACGGUCUCGUUGAGAUUCGCAGAAAGAUUUUCCAUCAUCUCAAAGGCACGGCACUCAACGUCAUCCUGUUGAACAACUCCAAGUUUUAUCAUGUCGGCACCACAGAGGAAUACUUGUUCCACUUCACUGCUGACCCCUGUCUCAGAGCAGAACUCGGCCUGCUCUCUGCUGCCUUCAGUGUGUGUGACUUGGAGCCAUCGGAGAAAACUAGAGUUUGCGUGUCGCACAGCAUCCUGCAUCCCAGUGUGAGCAUGUCCCAGGGCAGUGUUGUGGAAUACUCCAGACUGGAUGCUAGAGUUAAAGUCGGAAGUAGAUCUAUCAUCAGCGGCUGCUGGAUAGGCACCGAUCUGACAGUGCCAAGUGACACCUUCAUACACUCUUUGUCUGUAAACCUGGAUGGAAAAACAGGUUUUGUGACUGUGGUUUUUGGUGUGAAAGAUGAUCUGAAGAAAAGUGUAUCCAGUCCUGCUCAUAUGAAAGCACUGAGUUUGUUUAAGGUUAAUCUGGAGGACUGUGUUGGGCUCUGGGGUUUGUUUCCUGAGAAGGUCAGGUUCUCAGGAGACACAUCUAUGUGUAGUUUGUGGAACGCCUGCAUUUUCCCAGUGUGCUCCAAUCUAAAGGAUUCAUUUGUGAUGUCACUGGGGAUGCUGAAGGCACUGGAUAGUGGAACCAAUUUCACACUACCAAAAAAAGCCACACUUACCUCAUUACAAGAAACUCUGCAGAACAAGAACCUGGAGGAAAUGCUGAAAUUUAGGAAAGAACUUUAUGAAGACAUUCUUAGGGUUAAUUUAAGUAAUUCGGUCUGAGCGUGUGUGUGUGUAAAUGAUCAAUUAUUUCUUUGCGUUUGCUGCUCAGUCCUACGAAUUUGCCACCUUGUAAAAUACAUACAAUUUUUCACAAAUUUGUAUGAGUGAGUUUGUACAAAUUAGCCACCUUGUCAAAAUGAGAUCAGGUUGAGCCAUGUGAUGAAAAUCUUAAAUUGCCCAUAACAAACACUAUAGAAAUACCAAGACAGUGCAACAUGCAGUAUGGUGGAAUAAGUCCCUCCUUCUGAAUAAAAGAGCCAAUCGGCAAUUAGUAAAGUCAUGUGUUGCUGCAGCUGCCAUUAAGAGCUUCGGUUGCCAAAGAAACAGUGUCCUGAGACACACAUGCACACUGGCUGGGCCAGUCUGGAUUAUAAGUCAUUGCCUAAUGGUUAGAGAAUUUGACUCCUAACCCUAAGGUUGUGGGUUCGAGUCUCGGACCGGCAAUACCACGACUGAGGUGCCUUUGAGCAAGGCACUGAACCCC